GUUUACAUGCGACCUCACACCUUUCGAUCUUCCUGACUCUUCUUCCCUUUCAUUCCUCGCUUUCUUUAUCCAUUUCCUCACGCUCUCUUGGUUUAGACGUACUACUCCCUUCGUUCUCACAACGCACCCCGCCAUGAGCAAGAGACAAUUCAAGUCUCAAGCGAGCAGCUCUCGUGCUGCCAAUGCAGGCUUCGGCGGCGGCUUUGGCGCCUCAUCAUUUGCAACUGCAUACUCUCCUCUCUCUUACGUGACCGAGCCUCCGAAUCUGUCUGGCAUAUCGAAUGCGAACCUUGUCGUUUCCUUCAAGAACCUGUCCAAGAAAGAUAGCACAACCAAGGCAAAGGCGCUCGAGGAGUUGCAGGCGUAUGUCGCGUCAGGCGAGGAGAUAGAAGAUGCAGCGCUGGAGGCAUGGAUCAAAUUAUAUCCCCGCACAUCCAUUGAAAAUUCACGAAGGGUGCGUCAAUUAGCCCAUACCGUUCAGGGACAGAUAUCUACUGCGUGCGGUAAGCGCAUAGCAAGAUAUAUGCCCGAGGCCGUGGGGGCCUGGCUGUCAGGAUUAUACGACAACGAUCUCUCCGUGACAAAGGCCGCGCAAGAGUCUUUUUCGCAGGUCUUCACUACCCCUGAGAAGCUCCGCAACGUACGCAAAGCGUUUCAAGGCCCGACGAUAGAGUAUUGCCGUAACGUGAUAGAGAAUGAAACUGUUGUGACACUGAGCGAUGAGCGUACCGUCAGUCCAGAUGACGCGGAAUCGAAAUAUGCUCGAGUUGUGUCCGCUGCAAUAGGCGUCAUUGGGGAUCUCCUGAACGAGCUUAGUGAGGAGGACACAAAGAAACAACAGGAGCAAUAUGAUGCUGUUUUGAGCAACGAGAAGCUAUGGGAUCUCAUCUCCCACAAAGAUUCUCACGUACGCCGAUCGACUCUUCGGUUGCUCCGGACCUGUCAAUCAAAGCAGCCAAACAUCGUCUCCCAGAACCUGAAACAUUUGAGCAAGUGUCUGCUUUCCCACGGCCUCGGUUCUGAUCAGACUGGCUCGGCCCUCAACUAUAUUGGUGCAGUCAUUACCAUGAGCAGAGCAUACCCGACGAUAUGGACGGAGCAGUAUUCUGGGAAGAAGUCUGCAGAACAUCGACUUAGAUCUUUUCUGAAGCGCGGGAGUCAGAUGGGAACUCGAGAGUAUUGGAAUGCUAUUCCCGAUUUCCUAGAGGCCGUUCCCCAGGCAGUUUUACCCAAGACCCCAGCAGAUGUAAAAGAUCUACUCUCAUCCAUACAUAGCGGCAUAAUCAAAAAGGAUGAGCCCCGUAUGAAUAUUGGAAGCGCAUAUGAAGCAUAUGUGAGAUCAGCAGUCCGGAUUACAGCCGCAUUGGACAGUGCAGACCAAGAAACUAUUUUGCAAGAGAUGGUGCUUCCUCUUGUUUCCCAAUAUGUGAAUCCUACCCCAGAUAGCGUCGAGUGGGCAAUUCCAGGACCACAAGCCGCUUCAGUCAUAUCAAAGAUCACAGAACAAGCGCCCAUGUCCGAGAUCUUAAACCGGCACUGGCCAGUUAUAACUCGGGAGCUCGUGGAUGCCAUCAAAGCCUCGGCGCCUGAGCAGUCCAAGGAGUAUGAGCGUUCGCAGGAUGCCGUGUCAGACUGGGCUCGUAGGUGGGCUACUGUCCAUGCAGGAUGCCUCAAGGGCUCAAAUUCCAGCGCCCUCUUCGAUGGUUUCAAAAGUACAGCUGUGGGAUUGGUGAGAGAAUCGACAGCAUUGUUGAAAUCGCGAAACGGAAAGCCAUAUUGUGCUGCCGCGGCUAUCGCAUACUUACUCCGGUUCUCAUCACAUGUAGCACGAAAAGACAUCUUGCAGGAGCUGGAUAAUUUCAUUGCAGAGGAUCUUCCGUCAUUAGUUCUCUCUCCAUCAUCAUCUCAUCUUAUUGCCAUACUAUACCUUGCCAAGGAUAGUAGCCAAUUCGCAAAAGCCUGGAAGUCGACCGUCGAAACGAUUACCGCAGAUGCAGAAUCACCCUCGAAUGCCUCUGCCAUCGAGGAGCUUCUGAGCUCAUCCGAUAUGCCACCCGAUUUCGCGCUCGCAACAUCAGAUACCAAUCUCCAAAACUUCAUUUCUGGCCGACUGAAGACUAUUCUACGGAGUGACACGGACUGGGCGCCAUUUGGUCGUAUACUGCGCCAAGCACGAAGACUCCUUGCUCCGUCUACAACUGAAGAAAUGCUAAUUGAAAUGACCAAAGGGCUUUCCAUGAGAGACACAUCCCUUGGGGCUCUUCACGCCAUCGACCAGGUCGCGAGACAAAGUCCUGCAAUGCUACGCGAAUUUGUGCCGACUGGUGAAGGCACAAACUUACUCCGUUCUUUGCUGCUUCUUGGUGAAUCUGCCGACGAGCAUGUUGCGCAGGAAGCUUCGUCGGUCAGUGCUUCUAUACAGGCGCUCUUGACUCAAGACUCAUCCGACCCGUCGUCGAAGAAUGCUGUCUUUGACGUCAUCCAAAGCGGUCUAUCAGAGGCUACUAGUACGUCCGUUACCGUGGAGACUCUAGUAGAGUUGGCGACCACGGUACUGUCAGAUGAAAGCUCCAAGAACGAAGCAAUUGUGUCGAAGCUGUUCCCGCCUGUGGAUGUGUGGAAAGCAGCUCUGCAGCCGUUCUUGAAUAUCGCGCCUAGGGCUCCUUUUGCUGUCACUAACUCACUUUGCGGGACAGUAUAUCUCGUCCGGGGUUCAUCAUCCAAUGACGUGAAGAGUCAAGAAGCUCAGCGAGACAUCAACGGAUUUUCCUCCGCCUAUAGAAUCGCUGCCUAUCUUGUUGGUCUGCUUCAAGUUCCUGACCUCCUGGACUUCGUUUCUCCUGAAGGCAAGGCCGCGCUCUUUGGGUUGCUACAGCUCACUGUCUUACUCGCCAAUGACAACCUGAGCAUUGUCGGAAGUAACAAUCUCUGGAACGUCUACACUGCUGAGAUAGAAGCAGAUGCGCUCGAGUUUGUAUCCGCCGCUCAGGCGCUCAUCAAUGGCUGGCUACAAAAGUCUAGCGAUUGGUGGGCGGAUGACACGAUGGUUACUGACUAUUCAUUCGUCCAUUCAGCCUUGGAAAACUUCCUGCAGGCGUCCACCGGAUCGAGCCCAGCUGCGCUGUACAACGGAAGUGCUUACAGCAUUGUGACGGCUGAGCUCAUCGAAUUGCACGGCUGGCAGAUGAAAAAGACCGACACGAUCGAGACUACUUGGAAGAGCUUUCGAAAGAGCGAAAAUGCUAUCAGGACAGCUGCCUAUCUUACUGGCUAUAGAACUCCCCUCGCCUCAUCUAAGGUGGUGGAAAGAGCAUGUAAUGAGAUAGUGGCUGAUUUGACAGGUCUGGAGCUUGAGAACAAACUCGAAGAGACUAUGGUCCAGUUGAACCUCUUGAAUCUUAUGCUUCAGCACCUAGACGGCAUGACGAUUAGAAUCGCAAAGCAAAGGGUAAUAUUCCUGAUCAAGCACAUCCUUCCGUGGCUUCAAGAUGAUAAGCUGCCGGUUCUCUUGCAAAGCGAAAUCUGUCGAGCUUUGUCUGCUCUCCUGCCAGCCAUGAAAGACAUGUAUGGAUCCCACUGGACCGAAACGCUUGCCUACAUCACGGGUUGCUGGUCAAAAGUCGAACAAAUCGACUCUCAAGAUGGACAGGAAAGCAACAUACCUGUUGUGCAUUCCACACUGAAACUCUAUGCAACGCUGCAGGCAUUGUCCAAGGAUGAAGACCCAAAUGACGACCUUUUAGACGCCCUCAAGGAUGCCGAAGACGAUGAAGCCAGAGGAUUGAUUAACCUUCUCAAGAAUUCACAACAUAUACCCGACGAUUUCCACCAGCCUCUGCGGGUUGUCAACCAGCUGCUCGCGCGUCGCAUCUCCACGCUUUCACUGAAGCAUAUUGACGACCCUUCAGAGCUAUAUCCUUUGCUAUAUGUCCAAUCCAGCCCGGUACAAAAGACCGCCUGGGAUAUUCUACACAAACAUAUACCAGCAGCCCAGGAACAAAUCUCCCUUGAUGCCGCGCUCGACAAGAAAGAUGCAAAAUUACCUGACGAGCUUCUAUCCCUCAUCCUCGAAGCUCCAACCACAACUGCACUCGCCGACGCCGACUUCGAACGCUCCAUCCCUUUACCCCUCCGAGGAUAUCUACUCAGCUGGCUCCUCAUCUUCGACCACUUUCCCACGGCCUCACACAAAGUCCGAACCGACUAUACCGAACACCUCAAAACCGACGGCUCCCUCACCGCCCUCCUCGACCUCACCGUCUCCUUCCUCGGCCACACCCGCGGCAAACCAACCGACAUCUCCGCCCUCAACAUCACAACAUACACCCCAGACACAACCGACCCGCCCACCCGCGACGCCCAACACCUCCUCUCCCACCUCUACUACCUCGCCCUCACCCACCUCCCCGGCCCCACAAAAACCUGGUUCAUCGCCCUGCCCUCCCGCCAAACCUCCCUCGCCCUCUCCACCUGGACAGAACGCUUCGUCUCCCCGCCCGUCAUCGCCGCCGCCCUCGCAGACGUCAUCGCCUGGGCCUCCGCCCAAUCAACAACCACCCCCGACCCCGCAGAACACCUCGCCGUCAAAGUCUCCCCCCGUGCCCGCGAGCUCUCCGCAAGCUACACCCUCGACGACCAGCCCCUCUCCAUCCGCAUCGCUCUGCCCCCCACGUUUCCCCUCGCGCCUGCUACCGUCGAGGGCCUCGCCCGCGUCGCUGUCACACAGGCGCGCUGGGAAGCCUGGCUGCGCAGCACGGCGGGUGUGAUUGCGUUUGGGGGCGGCAGUGUCGUCGAUGGGUUGAUUGCGUUUCGACGGAAUGUUGUUGGUGUGCUGAAGGGCCAUGUCGAAUGUGCGAUUUGCUAUUCUGUUGUGGGGCCGGAUCGCAGUGUGCCGGGGAAGCGGUGUGGGACGUGUCGGAAUGCGUAUCAUGGGCAGUGCUUGUUUAGGUGGUUUAAGAGUAGUGGGGGGAGUGCGUGUCCGUUGUGUCGGAAUGCGUUUAAUUAUGGGUGAUUGGGGUUGGGUG